CGCACAUUCUGGUCCCCGUUUUCAUUUAUAUUUACGGACUUGCUUUCAACUCCCACAUUUUAUUCAUUCAGCCUGCAAGCAAGAACCCUUCCAGAAGUCGCCGCCACAUCGGUUCGCCGUCGUCUCUCGCAGCUGUUCUUUUCUUCUCUUCUUCUUCGUUUCUGGGUUGGCGAGUUCCUCAUCUCCGAAGCCGUACUAGAGAGCUCAACAAUGGACGUCGACGCGAAACCCUCUGAUAACGAUUCGUCGAUGGAGGUGGACGCCAAGGGUAUUGGGGGAAAAGGCAAAGAAGAGCUGGCACAAUCAAUGGACAAUCUGAAGAUUGAUGCUGGGUCUUCUUCGUCAAAUUUCAAGAAGAAGCCUGUGGUGAUCAUUGUCAUAGGAAUGGCAGGUAGUGGCAAAACGACUUUGCUUCAUAGAUUGGUUGCCCAUACUCAAGCUUCAAACAUUCGGGGUUACGUCUUGAAUCUCGACCCUGCUGUGAUGACUCUCCCGUACGGUGCAAAUAUCGAUAUUAGGGAUACUGUUAAGUACAAGGAAGUGAUGAAGCAGUUCAAUCUGGGGCCGAAUGGUGGCAUUCUAACAUCGCUCAAUCUGUUCGCCACUAAGUUUGAUGAGGUUGUUUCUAUGAUAGAGAAGAGAGCAGAUCAGCUUGAUUAUGUCCUGGUGGAUACACCUGGACAGAUUGAGAUCUUUACUUGGUCAGCUUCCGGGGCGAUCAUCACAGAAGCUUUUGCUUCUACGUUUCCCACUGUGAUUGCUUAUGUAGUUGACACACCUCGAGCAACAAGCCCUAUUACUUUCAUGAGUAAUAUGCUUUAUGCCUGCAGCAUACUCUAUAAGACUCGGUUGCCUCUUGUAUUGGCAUUCAACAAGAAUGACGUGUCUCAGCACGAAUUUGCUUUAGAGUGGAUGGAAGAUUUUGAUGCCUUUCAAGCAGCACUAAGCUCAGAUCAUUCUUACUCUUCUACAUUGACCGGAAGCCUUGCCCUAGUCCUUGAUGAGUUCUACAAGAACCUGAAAUCAGUCGGGGUUUCUGCUGUUUCUGGUGCUGGGAUGGACGCCUUCUUCAAGGCCAUUGAAUCCAGUGCUGAGGAGUACAUGGAGACUUACAAGGCUGAUCUCGAUAAGAGGCGGGCAGAGAAGGAGCGCCUGGAGGAAGAACGGCGAAGGGGGAACAUGGAGAAACUGAGGAAGGACAUGCAGAAAACAAGAGGCGAGACUGUGGUCCUGACUACCGGUUUGAAGGACAAGUCUGGCAGUUCAAUGGUUGGAAUGGAAGAUGAUGAAGAAGAGGAGGAGGAAGAACUGGAGACGUUUAGCGACGAGGAGUACGAUGAGGAGGCUGAUGGCAUUGACGAGGAUGAAGAUGAGGAGGUGGCUAGGUUCUCCUUUUAAGUGGUCUUUCAUCUUGUUGCUCACUCUGAGGUCAUGGACGAGUAUGACUGUAUAGAGUAGAAUGAUCGUGUUUUUGUACAAAGACUGAGGUGAAAUUGUGCUUGCAGAAGUACUCUUUGAUGGAGGAAUUUGUAUUUUGAUAACUUGGUAAUGGACUAAUGGUUACACACAAAUGAUUUUGGAGAUAUAUAUUAAUUAUCAAUUUGCAUUUCAUAAUGUAUAUACUUUCUCAACUAUUACUUUUUAGGUUCAUCAUUGACAAUAAAGUCUGAGCUCAUUU